AUGGCACGCACCCCUGGUCGCUCUAGUACCGCGACCACCAGCAAUGAGGACGUGGGACAACCUACUCCGCGACCUCGUGGCCGUCCCAAAAAGGUCAUAGCUUUCGGUGAAAACCACGCUGCAGCUACCUUUACACCCAGUGUAACACCUCGCGGCCGUGGCAGGCCCAAAAAGAAAGCCGACCCUGUUGAUCUUGAGGAAGAAGCUCCUGAGUCUGAACGAGAACUUGCCGAACCCCAGGAACCUGUUCCCACACCUCGUUCCCGUGGCCGCCCGAAGAAGAAGGUACACCAUUGGUCCAAGCAAGCCCGAGAAGCUGCCAAAUUGCAGCAAGAGGCUCAACUUGACAACGACGAUGAGCCCGAGGAAAUCACGCCGUUCAAGCAACCCGCAACAGCUCCCCGGCCACGUGGUCGCCCCAAGAAGCCAGUGCCAGAGGCUUCUCCUGAGGAAGUUGCGAGUGGCAAGUCCCAGAAGGUCCCAGUCACGGCAGCCACGAUAACUACGGCCAAAGAUGAAUUGCGCGCCGAGCUUCUUGGUCUCUCCACUGGAUUCCCUGAUGGAAAGCCAUAUAGCAUCACUAGUCGCGGUCGCGGCCGUCCCAAGAAGACCCAGACCGUGGAGACAGAAGAGGUUGACUCGAACGAGCAGUUGUUUGACGAAGUCGAGCAUAUGCCUAUCAAGCGUGGCCGAGGGCGUCCCAGAAAAUCCGACACCCCCGUCAAGAGUGCCCAGGGCACAGUCAGCCGUUUGCAACCUUUCAAACACUCUGAGACUGACACUAGCUCUACCCUUACGGCUAUUGCUACUGAAGAUGUCAAGAAAAGGGGCCGUGGGCGCCCCAAGAAGAAUAGUUCUGGGUUUCUGGGGGCUGUUGAGGUGGCCACGAACACUCAGGCUAAGGGAAGUGAAGCCGGUGAUGAUGCCAUCGACAGCCAAAAGAAUGCUAAAGAGGAUGCCAAAAUUCCUUUGGCUAAAUUCAUUUUGCAAGAUGAGAAUGAUUCGGACUAA